UCGCCCGUGCGUGGUGCAGCAGGGCUGGGUGGGGCCUGCACAGCGCCGGCCUACGACCCUCCCAGCUCGGUCUCGGUCAGUCCCCUCCCACCGUGGAGCUCCGUGCCGAGGAGCAGACCUCCGCGCGGCCAGACAGCGUGCCCUUCCCCGGUAGUCAUCGAGGAGCGACCGCGCCUAUGCGUGUGAGUGUAGAGACUGACGGGAAGCUGGACGGCAACAAGCAACAGAAACAAGGUUUCCCCGAAUGUCGCGGCAUUUACAGUGCCAUGGACAGCAACAGUAACUACACACCCUGCAGAGCUAACACAGGAGCCUCUCCUGAGCUGCAGAGCAGAUAAUGACUCAGAGAAAUGGGAUCAGAGGGACGAGUGAAGGCUGCCGCCACUCUGAGGCCUCCGGGGACCUGGAGAAAGUUCAGGAGGCCAACGACGGUAUGGAGAAAGUUCAAGAGGCCAACGACUGUGAAUCUGAGGAGGCGGGACAGGGAAAUGAAUGCAGAGACGCCGCCGCCGGGCCUGCAGCGGGAGCAGUCGCAGCUCCGGAUGGCGGUUGGGGCUGGAUGGUGCUGGCCGCCACCAUCAUAGUCCUGGCUUUGACCCUGGCGUUCCCGUCCUGUGUGGGAAUCUUCUACACCGACCUGCAGAAUGAGUUCCACGCCUCCAACAGCGAGACCUCCUGGGUGCCGUCCAUCAUGACGUCAGUGCUUCACGCGGGAGGUCCCUUUUGUAGCGUGCUGGUGGAGAAACUUGGUUGCCGAGCGACGGUCAUGUUGGGCGGCGUCCUGAGUGGGCUGGGAAUGGCCGCCAGCUCAUUUACCCAGUCCAUCACACAGCUCUACAUCACAGCCGGGGUUAUCACAGGCCUCGGUUUCUGCUUCAGCUUCCAGCCGGCGGUGACGAUCCUCGGGCACUACUUUGUGCGUCGCCGUGCGUUCGCCAACGCGAUGUCGUCCACGGGCACAGCGCUGGGCCUGUGCUUUCUGCCUUUCCUGGGUGACUACCUCCACACAGAGCUGGGCUGGAGGGGCAGUUUCCUGGUUUUGGGGGCCGUCCUGCUGAACUGCUGCGUGUGCGGAGCAGUGAUGAGGCCCCUGCAGCCCCCCAAGCAUCGCGGCCAGCCGCUCAUGAACCACGGACCCCCUCCGCCUGAGGAGGAAACUGUGAGGACGGAGAAAGGGGGGAUGAGAAGGAUAUGGAGCUCCUUGGGGGCUUCUCUGUGCAAACACAUGGCAUUUGAUCAGCUGUGCUACAACGCACGUUACUGUGUGUACUCCAUAGGCAUCACCUGGAUGAUGCUUGGGUUCGUGGUGCCUUUAAUCUACCUGGUUCCCUACGCCACAGCUAACGACAUGGAGCAGAGCCGGGCCGCGCUGCUGCUCUCCAUCCUGGGUAUGGUCAACAUCGUGGUGCGGCCGCCCUUCGGCAUCCUCUUAAGCAUGUCGUGGUUCAAAGGGCGUCACAUUUACGUGUUUUCUGCUGCUUUGCUGGUCAACGGGCUCAGUAACAGCAUCUGCUGCAUCGGGCCCAGCUUCCCCGUGCUGCUGGUCUAUGUGGUGGUCUACGGGCUGUCCAUGAGCGUGGUGGGCUCCCUGAUGUUCACUGUCCUCAUGGAGAUAGUGGAGAUGAGCCGCUUCCCCUCGGCUCUAGGUCUGCUCGCUAUCAUGGAGAGCGUCACGCUGCUCAUCGGGCCUCCGCUGGCAGGAGUCCUGAUCGACAAGACAGGCCAGUACUACCACGUCUUCUUUGCCUGCAGUGCCGUGGUUGCCUCCUCUGCUGUGUUCCUCAUGGUGUCCUUCUGCUGGCUGGAUAAAAGGGACAGCGCCUUGUCCCAGCAGGGUCAGCCCCCCGCUGCACCUGAACCAGCUGUUGCCUUGGCGCCGGGCUGUCAGUACAUCAGCGUCCCCACAGAGGGAGACAAAGACAAGGCCUCGUCCAACGGGGCAGAGUACAGCAUAUGACCGCCCUGUGGACCAGAUCUCACCAUGGGACACUUCUAACUCAGACCGCUUUUAGGGAUUAUUUUCCCAUGUUUGUAUCGGCUUGUUCGGUGCGCCAGAUGUUGCAACGUUUCUGCUAUCUGGUGCGCCAUGAAAGCCCAAA